AUGGAUUCAGAAAAUAAUGAUAAUAGUGUUAGCAAUUCAUCAGAAGAUGUGUUGACAGAGGAGCAGAGACAGUUUAUUGAAAUGUGUGAGACAGAAUUCUCAAAUAGAUUUACAGAAACUGAUGAAGAAUAUUGUAAAGUACAACAGACAAGAAUGUCACCUCCAAUAGUUGAUCCGUGGUAUAACAAACCUAGGCGUAAUUAUGACUGGCCUGCUCGAGAAGGAAGUGGACAUCGCAGGAAUCCAUCGUGGCGUAGUGAGAGAUGGCAAUCUCAAGGUGGUUACCAGCAUCCUAGACAGGAUCACUAUUAUGACAGAAGACAUAGGCCUUAUUGA